AUGCGUGUGGUGGUGGUGGGCGACGGCGAGGGCGUGGAGGACGUGCUGCUCCACCACAGCCUCCGGAACAGUGUCGACGGCCUCUAUCUUACUCUCCAGCGCCGCCGCCAACACAGCCGUGCCAACGCUUCCCUCAGCAGGCAGCGCUUGACGCCACGCCUCCCACACACCAGCAAUCGUGAAGACGGGGGCGAGCACGUGAGUGUGUACCGCCGCUGCCUGUACUGCGGGGCUGGCCGGGAGGCGGCGCAGCACGUGGGACGCUGGCGGCCGUCAGACGUUGCCCUUGACACACUGUUUUUCGGCAAAGACGAGCAGUUCAAGUCGCUGGAGGGGCACAGUUUCAAGAUCUUGUCCACGGCCUACAUCCCUUACUUUGACUUUUUGAGGGACAGGGACGAGCCGGGCACGACAAUCAAGCCGAUCUUCUCCGUCGAGUUGUUCAUCCUCGAGGAGCUCACCAAGAGACUGAACUUUACUUACGUGAUGCGCGAGCAGCCCGACGGGGUGUGGGGCAGACUCGUGAACAGCAGCUUCAACGGCAUGAUGGGCAGGCUGGAGAAGGAGGAGGUGGACUACUGCACGCUCUGCGGCAUCACUCCCAACAGGAACAAAAUCAUCGACCACCUGCCCUUACACCCCUCAGACCCCAUCACGGUGGUGUCCCUCAAGCCGUCCUUCCUCUCGCAGCACUUCCUGCUCGUGAGACCAUUAACAGGUCGCGUGUGGGCGGGCGUGCUGGCUGGCGUUGUGCUGUGGGGCAGCGUCAUGGUUUGCUUCGACAAGUUAUUGAGGCGUAUAUCAACGCGAACCCACCUGGGCGUCAAUUUGUCUUUCCUGCUGGGGUGGGGCUCGCUGCUGGAACAGUCCUCUCCCUACCUGCCCGUCAGCGUCUCCAAAAGGGUGUUGUUGAGUGCGUGGCUGACGUUCUCCCUGAUCGUCGUGUCGGCGUACAAGUCAUCGCUAAUCGCCAACCUCAGCAUCCAGGGCAAAGUGAUCGCGCCGGAGACUCUGGGUGAGCUGGUCAAGGCCAAGAACUGGGAGUGGGGGACGGAGGAGUUUGUAUUCAAAGGUUAUCCCUUUGAGUACUUCUACAAGCACCGAGACCCCGUCGUGAUGACGGUGUUCAAGGGCAUGAAGGUGGGUGUUCCAUAGUUCAUCCUAGG